AUGACUGUCCUAACUUCGAUCAAUGUAUUGUAUUUUAGAGUUGCAUAUUUGUGCUCUUUAGGUUUCUUUUGUUUCAAAAAUGUCAAUUCUAUCCUGGAUAAUUCAUAUUUUCUAGUUUUCACACAGGCGAUGAAUUUACCACAAUUGACCAUGUCACAGUUUAGUGCACAACUGGGUUUAUUUGGUGUAUUAUUUGGUAUGUUGGCAUUCACCGAUUUGAUUCCAUUAUUAGAAGACAAUAAGACAUAUUUUUAUUCUAUUGUUCCAAUUAGACUUUUAGGCUAUUUCAUUAUUGCCACUUUAUCUUACACAUGGAGAUCAAACUUAUUCCUACAUAAUAAUGUGAUAUUUAUAUAUUGUUUUUCUGAAAUCUGGAUUAAUUUUGUGAUUUAUAAUGCUUUAAGGGAGGAAAAGGAGGUCUUUUUCAGAACUGAAGAGAAAAAGAGAUAUAGUGAUGAAUCAAUUGAAGAUGAGGAUGAUGCAUUUGGAACAACCACUUUGGAGAUCGAAGAGACUAUCACUACUGAAACUAUUGAAGAGGUAUCUCCGGAAGAGUCUAUCAAACAAGACACCCCAAAGAAAACUGUUAAACAGGCUAAGAAGGGUAAGAAGAAGAACCACAAUAAAAAGAAUUAG